AUGGCAGUUUUAGAAACGACCAAAGGAGGCUACUACCUCUGGAACUACUUGCCUUCGGUUCCCGCGGCCGUCAUAUUUCUUUUGUUAUUCCUUGUCAUGACCUCCUUGAUCUCGUGGCGCAUGUUCAAAACGAAGACAUGGUUUUGCAUUCCGCUUGUCAUUGGGGGUUUUUUCGAGUUUGCUGGCUACUGCGCGCGAGCUUCCGCUCACAACAAGACCGGUAAAAUUAUGCCUUACGCCGUCCAAAAUUUCUACAUCCUUCUGGGCCCGACGCUGUUCGCAGCAUCCAUCUACAUGUGCCUAGGACGCAUCAUCCGAGGAGUCCGGGCCGACCAUCACUCCCUGAUUCAGCCACGAAAACUGACGAGAACAUUUGUUACGGGGGACGUCCUCUCACUUGUUGUGCAAGGCGGCGCUGCCGGACUCAUGGUCACCGGCAAGAACGCGUCGCUUGGGGAGGGCAUUGUGAUCGCGGGACUCCUCAUUCAGAUCAUCAUGUUCGGAGUUUUUGCCGCAACGGCAACCGUGUUCCAGAAGCGCAUCAACCGCAAUCCCACACCUGAGUCUGGCAUGGCUGGCGCGCCGUGGAAGAAGAGUAUGCGCAUGCUUUUCAUUGUGAGCUCUCUGAUCAUGAUACGAUCACUCUUCCGUGUCGUUGAAUUCGCCAUGGGCAACAGCGGAUACCCCCUCAAGCACGAGUGGACACUAUACGUGUUCGACUCGGUACUCAUGGUAACGGUCAUGGUCGUGUACCACCUCUGGUAUCCGACAUGGAUUGUGGAGGGAAAGCCCGACGUCGAAGCCUACGGCAUCUAAAUGCCAAUACGUUCUUGGCACGUGGACGCGUUUCAAUUUUUCUUUUGCCUUCUUAUAGGAAAUAUUGUAAUUUGUCUUGAACCCUCGUGGAAGGAUGGG